AGCAGCAUGGCAGAGCUUUGUGUCAACUCCGUUCUGGUGACUGGGGCCAACCGGGGACUCGGCCUGGGGUUUGUCCAGCAUUUCCUGAGGAUGCCAAACCCACCUCAGUGGAUCUUUGCAGGCUGUCGGGACCCCAAGGGACAGCGAGCGCAGGACCUACAGAAUCUGGCCUCCAAACAUCCCAACCUGGUCAUCAUCGCUCUUGAAAUUGCCGACCCUGCCAGCAUCAAGGCGGCUGCAGCCAAGGUUGGGGAGCGCCUGGGGGGCUCUGGGCUGAACCUCCUCAUCAACAAUGCUGGAAUGGUCAAGCCUAAGAUGCUUGAGGCUGAAACAUUGGAGGACAUGACCGAGACUUACACCACCAACACAGCUGGACCCCUACUGAUGGGCCAGGCAUUUCUGCCCUUGCUGAAGAAAGCUGCCCAGGGGAGCCCAGGCUCAGGGCUGAGCUGCAGCAAGGCUGCCAUCGUCAACAUAUCCAGCAUUGGUGGCUCCAUUGCUUCUGCCUUUGGUUGGGAGUUGAUGCAAGUCACCUCGUACCGCUGCAGCAAGGCUGCUCUGAACAUGCUGAGCAAGUGCCAGUCCCUGGCGUACAAGGAGCACGGCAUCCUCUGCGUCGCUCUCCACCCCGGCUGGGUGCAAACUGACUUGGGCAGCUCUGCCGGACACGCGCCCCCAGUGACAGUGGAUGACAGUGUGCAAGGGAUGCUGAAGGUCCUCUCCUCCCUCUCUGAGAAGGACACCGGCGCCUUCCUGGACUGGGAAGGGAACGUCAUCCCCUGGUGAGGCACCACUUCAGGAUCCUGGCAGCCCAGAGGUCCCUUUGGCACUGCUCCCACCUGCCCCACAUCCUCAAUAAACU